AUCAUUGAAGCCUUUAAGGAUGGUAUCAUGCGUAACUGCGAGUAAUUUUUGCUUUAGUCAGUUUAAAAAAUCGGUACAGUGCGGUAGAACGGCUCCUGUUUUCCUUUUGUGACUUUUGUUUAAAUAUUUUUCUUUGAAAAUCGGUAUUGAACGUUUCUGAGAUUAGACUAUAGAAGUGGUGUCAUAAUAAAUUGUAUUGGGUGUGGAAAUUUCUGUUUUUCAAUGAUGAUUAAAAGUGAAGACAUGAUCGAUUCCGGUGCUCCCCAUCAGCACCAUUCUAUUUAUCGGGGUCUGCCUUCCAAUAUUCUGUCGACCGCGAACUUCCAGCCAUUGCAAUACGAUCAAUCCGCGAUCCGUUUGCAUCAGAAUUCUCCAGAACUUUGCGAUGAGAAACCGAAUAUAAACUAUCUCGAUAGAAAGUACUAUAUGCAGCAGAACCCCUCGCCCUAUACGAAUCAGCACCAUCACGUUCAGAUGGCCACCCCGUCCGGUAGUCCGCAAUCGGUCCUUAUGUCGACCGGGGGUCUUAAUAUGUCUCCAGUUCCGAAAAUCGAAAACACUAUGAAUCUUGGCAAUUUUUCUCUCAACGCCAACGGUACCAAUAAAUCGCUUUUGAUUCCGUCUUCUUUGGGGCAGAUCAAUCACUACACUUCGACCAUAAAGUAUUGUCCAAGUAGUUCUGUCUUGAAUUCUCUAAAUAAUUUGAAUAACUAUCAAAAUAACAAUAACAACAACAACAACAGCUCGAAUAAUAGCAACAACAACAACAACAACAACAAUAGCAUUUCCAAUCAUGAAGUGGAAAACUUGGAUAUGAAAUCGACGACGUCAACGGCGGAUAUGCUGGCAGCCAGUGGGGCAAUUCAGAGGAUCCAACAUGUCAGUUCGAGUGGAGCCAAUUGUAUUGACUCGUCGACGGUGACUUAUUCCAACAGUUCGUCACCUGCGAAGUCAAUUAAUGGACAAUCGGAACAGGCGGGACAGAGCCAGCAUCAACAAAAUUCAACUCCACCGGAUACGACGAAAAAGUCGGGAGCAAGGCGACCGGAAAAACCAGCCUUGAGCUACAUAAAUAUGAUUGCAAUGGCGAUUAAGGAGUCACCUAGUGGAAAACUGACACUCAGCGAAAUUUACAGUUAUUUACAAAAGAAAUUUGAAUUUUUUCGUGGACCUUACGUAGGAUGGAAGAAUUCAGUCCGUCACAACUUGAGCCUAAAUGAAUGUUUUAAAAAACUACCCAAAGGUAUGGGUGUUGGCAAACCUGGCAAAGGCAACUAUUGGACUAUUGAACAAAACUCGGCUUACAUGUUCGAAGACGAAGGAAGUCUACGACGUCGGCCGCGAGGUUAUCGGUCGAAACUGAAAAUGAAACCGUACAGUGCCGCCAAUGGAUUUUACUCAUCCUCACCUUACGAUGGAGGCUCAAUGGUGAAUUGGAGGGAUAACCCGAACUUUUACGCUCCACAAGGAUAUAGCUCUUAUGAAUACUCGACACCACCAGCAUUUGCUACAGAAGCCUGGAACCAUCCGCAAUCGGCUCUGCCACAGUAUUCGAAUAUUGCAGCGCAUCACAGUGCGGCAGCGGCGGCGUUACACAAUGGAAACUCCUCACCACCACCUCCGCCCUCAUCGACGUCGUCUGGGUCGAUGCAAAGCACAAAUCCGGGCCUGGAUUACGCAAACUACCAGUACAGUACGAGUUCGUACAACAUUGACAACGGAAUUCGUUCGAUGUCUCUAUCUCAAAUACCUUCGAUGUCAUCAAUUACGCCUACAAGUUCACCUGUCAAUAGUUCAUUAAUUGACCGAAAAACCGUGUAUUUACCACCGAUAACUCCACCAUCAUCAAUGUCAACACCACCCUUACAUCACCAAAGUUCUUUAAAUAUUUCAACACCGUCAACAUACUUUGAGCCUAUAAAGUAUUCCAAUUAAAUACAAAAUAAAUUAUUGUAAUUUUACAAUAUUGUAUCUCAUUUAAUAAUUAUAUUGUCUUAGAUUUAAAUUAUUAUUAUAAUUUUAUUUAUUGUACAGCCAUUGCGAGAAAAAUCAAAAAUAUAUAUUUUUUUUAAGUUAUCUUCUAUGUAAUUAAAUUGAAAACGUAAAAC